GUUUUUAUCAAGUCAUGCCCUUCUGAAUUACAAGUGUUGGUUUUAGAUGACCGGAUUAAACUCCAGUGGACAUGUAAGCUAAGGAAAUGGGACCGCUGCAUCAGUGAAGACAAGCUCAUCUACUUAACUUUUAGUUUUCGAUAUUCAUUUGAUAUAGUGCUCCACCAGCUCAUUGGUUCCAUAUUUUAAUAGAAUAUAAUUCGAAAAUAAGCGUGGAUUUAGGUAAAUUGCGACGACAUAUCCCUAACCAAUUACUGAAUUAAGAAAAAGGUUAUGUGGAAAAUAGUUUUGCUUGACCUUGUUGAUCUCUACGCGCUACUUUAUUAUCGUAGCCAGGCCACACACAUUAAAGUGAAAAUCGACUACGCACUCUGCGGAACUUAAUCAAUAAAGUGCUCGAUGCCUGAAUCAACUGUAAUUGUUGUUAAACACUGAUCAAACCAAGUGUUUCUAUGUAUGGCAGAUUCUAUGUUGGGCCCUUUUUCAUGUUUCCCUGUGAUGUUGAUGUGACUCGCACUAAAUCUAAACAGCAGAAAAGAAGGCGUCAUGGUACGAUGAUGGCGUCAAAGGAUGCAAUGAUCGUAAAAAUAAAUUGUCCAUGUAAUUAUGGUUGGACUAUUAAGAGCCAUGCGUUGUUUGAGUACCAAGCAAUAUUGCGAGGUGGACUAUGCUAUAGGACAACUUGCGUAUUGCCAGUCCUUACCCAUUACUAGAUCGCAUUUCCAUUUCUGAGCAGUGAACUGAUGUGAGCAAUAAUCAAUUCUAUGGAAACGGUGAAGAAUUUGUUCUUUGGUGAAAUGUUAGAGAGUAAAUGAACACGUUUGGAAUUUCUGAGUUCGCCGGAAAACUGGGCGACAUGGUCAAGACGACCUUGACAGGCGAGGGCACCAGCAGAGCAUCUGAUUCCCCACCUCCGCCGGCAACACAAACAAAUCUAACAGGAUGUAGCCCACAAAGCAUGUUUUCUAUAAACGAGGAGCAUUUUGCGGGUUUGGAAGGAAUCUUUUCUUCGAUCAAUACCGAGUCCGAACUUGAGCUAGCAAUUGAAAAAUGUAAGCAGAUGAUCUUGGACUCAGAGGAGCAUUCCGACAAAAGGUACAAUCUCAUCGGUAAACUGAUUGACUUGCGCUGGAAGCUACAGGAAAUGCGGCAUGGGCCGCAGACUCCAUCAUUGGAAGAAUCGUUUACGAUAAUGGGACACGUAUUUGUUUCGUGCAGCCUAGAAGACAGUGAUUCGUUUUGUGAAAAGUGUUGUACACGCAUAUGGGACUUUGUAAAUAUCGGAAUCAAUCAGUACUACACAUGUGACAAAUGCCGCUACAAAUGUCACCAAAGAUGCCUCAACUCAAUUACUAGAAGCUGCGCUUAUUUGAAGGAGCACAAAUACGAACUGCAACUAUGUCCCGAAAUGGGUUUGUCCGUACAGCAAUUUAAAUGCCAAGAGUGUCGGUCAUCGCUAAUGCCCCCAGGUCCAUUGCGACUUUUACCACAAAUGGAGGCCGCCCGCAGGCUAUGCGAUUCUUGCGGCCGCUGGUUCUGUAAUCGGUGUCACUGGAACACUGAAGUGGUCAUUCCGGCCAGAGUUGUGCACAACUGGGAUUUCGAACCCAGGAAAGUUUGCCGGGGUUGCGUUCAAUUUCUUCGGCUUAUGGUGAAACGAUCUGUCCUCGAUAUCGAGAAGCUCAAUCCGUACCUAUUUAGCCACAUUGAAGAAUUGUCUGCUGUUAAGACGCUUCGAGAGGACUUGCAAAAGAUGAAGAAAUACCUAACCUCGUGUCACAUAGCCCAAUCGAAAAAACUACUCUGGCUGCUAUGGAAGCGUCAACAUUUUGUGGAGAACACUAACAUGUACUCGAUGCAGGAUCUGAUUGAUCUUGAGCAAGGCACUCUGCUCAAGUUUUUACACCAGGUGAUAAAUGCGUUUGAAGCGCACAUCACUAAAGAAUGCGAGGGUUGCCGAAAGAAGGGUUUCAUAUGCGAGCUUUGCUCUUCGACCGAAAUACUUUUCCCAAUACAUCGCGAUAGUACAACUCGUUGUCCGAAAUGUCUUUCCGUAUUUCAUCACGACUGCUUUCGAAAAUUUGAAGGGUUCUGUCCAAAAUGUGAUAGAAUGACCCGGAGAGGCUCUUAAGAGGGCCUUGAGCCCUCAACUUUACCUGCUAAACUAAUCGACCCAGAUGUCUUUUGAUCAAUACUAUGUACAACUUCUGUGCAGUUAUAUUUCACAACAACUAUAAUAUAGUUACUUUUUCUCACCAUGUUAACUCACACACUUGAUUGCCGAUUGUACAGAGCAGAGUUUAGCUGUAGCGACAAAAUUAAGGCGGCCAAAAAGUAAAGAAUGAGGGUUGCCUGAUUCUGGCAUUCAUUUGUUACAAAGUAUUGAUAAAUCGUUAGUUUUUUAUGUAUAGGAUAUUGUGUUUCUAGAAGAGCACUUGUAAUAUGCUUAUGUGAUAAAUUCGUUAUAAUAGGCAUAAUUGCAAUGUUUCUUUUUGGCUGUAUACAGCAGUGACAUCCUUUCAGGGUGUAACAAAAAAUGGCUUCAAAUUAAUCGUCCUGAUUUUUCCUGCUUCUCUACAAACAAACGCUAGCCAAAAGCUUGAAUUAGUUGUAUUUACGUCCUUUUAACUUAUGUUUCAGUCGACUCUGAAUGAACUAGAUUAUGUGGAAUGUACAGUUGUAAAUUGAAGGCUCUUUGUCGACUGAUCAACUUCAACGCUUUGGGUAUACCAAUGCAAACCGAAGAUCAUAACGAAAAUGACUACAUUUCAUUUAAUAAACCAUAUUCUCUCUCUA